CUUAUUUCCAACGCGGCGAGAAAAAUUGAGAAACAUGUUGAUGUUCAGCGAGGAGGAAAUCUUUUAUUCUGUCUUAAUAUUCCUCUGGAUCGUUUAUUUCUGGGAAUCUUAUCUUUCCUCAAGACAGAAGUAUCUUGCUAAAACAGUAACAGAGGUUCCAGCAGAGCUAGAAAAAGUACUUGACCAAGAAACAUUCACCAAAGCGAGGCUCUACUCUUUAGACAAAAGUACCUUUGGCUUCUGGUCAGGAAUUUACCACCAGCUAGAGUCGAUGGUAAUUCUGUGUGUUGGUGCCCUGCCCUUCGUAUGGAAACUAGCUGGUAGGAUAAAUGGUCACUUUGGAUAUGGUGCCGAAUAUGAGAUUUUGCAAUCCAUCACAUUUAUUCUGAUAUUUUUACUGUAUUCCACGAUUACCUCCCUUCCCUGGAGUUUGUAUCACACGUUUGUUCUAGAGGAGAAGCAUGGAUUUAAUAAACAGACCUUGCCAUUUUUCAUCAAGGACACGAUUAAGAAGAUGUUUGUAGGCAUGGCGCUGUCUCUACCCAUUGUCUCCCUUCUAAUCUACAUCAUCAAGAUUGGCGGCGACUAUUUCUUCAUCUACGCCUGGGGAUUCAUGCUGGCCGUGUCACUGUUUCUGAUCACCAUUUAUGCUGACUUCAUUGCUCCACUGUUUGAUAAGUUCACUCCUUUGCCUGACGGGGAACUGAGGACUAAGAUUGAGCAGCUGGCAGCAAGCAUUGAAUUCCCCCUCACAAAACUCUAUGUUGUGGAAGGAUCUAAGCGCUCAGCUCACAGCAAUGCUUAUUUUUAUGGAUUCUUUAAGAAUAAAAGGAUUGUGCUGUAUGACACACUUAUUGAAGACUACUCUCCAGAAAAGGAGGAGGAAAAGACAGAGUCAAAAGAAGAAAAGGAGGUGACAGAAGAACCAGAAUCUGAAGAAAAGCCAGCAGAGGAGAAGCCAAAGAAGAAGACAGGAUGUAAUACAGAGGAAAUCCUGGCUGUGUUAGCUCAUGAGUUAGGGCACUGGAAACUUAACCAUGUCCUAAAGAAUUUCUUUAUUAGUCAGUUAAACUUGUUUCUUUGUUUCAUGGUGUUUGCCAUGUUAUCUAAGAAAGUAGUGAUUUACCGGGCGUUUGGAUUUGACACAGAGCCAACACUUAUAGGUCUGAUGAUCAUAUUCCAGUUCAUCUUCCAGCCCUAUCACGAGGUUCUGGGAUUCCUGAUGAUAAUCUACAGCCGACAUUGUGAGUUCCAGGCAGAUUUCUUCGCGAAGUCUCUGAGACAUGCAAAGGAGCUGAAAUCAGCUCUAAUCAAACUCAAUAAAGACAAUCUAGGAUUUCCUGUCACGGACUGGCUGUACUCCAUGUUUAACUUCUCCCACCCCCCUCUGUUAGAGAGAAUGAAGGCGCUAGAAAAGACAGACUAGAAGAAUAUUUUGAUUGAACUUUGUCUUUAUGUUUUUUUUAUUGUAUUGAUGAAAAGGUGAACGAAUAAAAUUAUGUAAACCG